GCUGGCUGUGAGGCAGGGAGGGCGGGGAUCCCCGCGGCGGCCCCACCCACUCGGCACCUCGGAGACCCCCGGCGCACCGGGCUUCCAGGCGCGGGCGCCGGCGGGAGGCGGAGGGCGGGGGUCGGCAGGAGCGGGCCCGGCGCUGGCUGCAGCGCGCCCGGGCGGAGGACAGUGUCCCGGGACAGCGCUGAUGUGGCCGGCCGGCAGCGCGCCGCGCCGUGCCGUGCCGUGCCGUGCCCCUGGGGACGCUCCCCGGCCGGCGCGCCCGGGCCCGGCUCCCCGUGACCGCGUGUCUGGUCCCCAGGUGGCGGUGAGCGCGGCGUCCGGGACGUGUCCCCACACGACAUGCGGCCCCGGGGCGCGCUGCGCCAGCCUGCCCGCUCCUGCCCGCAGCAGCCAGAGGCCCGCGGGGCGGCCAGGCCGGCGGAGGAGCGGGCACGGAGGGGAAGGGCAGGGCCGGGGGGCGAGCCCCGCCGUGUGCCCGGAGAGCAGCCCCCGCCCCCCCGGGAGCCAGGUGCUGGCACCCUGAGCAGAGCGGAGCAGCAGCCUCCCGAGGAGGGGCCUGUAAUUCUGGAUCUGCAGAGGACUUCCCCAGGGAGACUGGAGGAGAGGAGUUCCCUGACACCUGAGCCGGGCCAAGUGCAGAGGGGGCAGGGCAGGCCUCCAGAGCAGGGGGAGAGCUUGGAGCUCCAGGAGGUGUUUGAGGACGUGGCCGUGUAUUUCACACGGAAGGAGUGGGAGCUGCUGGAUGAUGACGACAAGGUGCUUUACCGGGACCAGAUGCUGAAGAAUUUCCAAGCCCUCGUUUCCCUGGGAUAUCCAGGUUCCACACCUGACUUAAUCUGCAGUAUCCAGCAAGGACAAGUGGAUCUCUGGGUCUGUGAUGAUGAGGACUGUUGGGAAAUCUCAGGAUCUGUGGGGAAAUCUCAGGAUGAUGAGGACCUGCUGCCAGAAGGUGCAUGGCAGCUGUGCAGAGCUAAGGAGCAGCCUCCUGCGGGAGGGCCUGCAGACCUGGAGCCAGCACGGACUUCCCUAGGGAGUUUGGGCAAGAUGGACUCCCUGAGACCUGAGAAGAAGCCAUGGCACAAGAGUCAGGGGAGGCCCCGAAAGUGGAAGGAGAACAGAGCGGUGAACCAGCACCAGUACUUCCACCUGGGCAGGAAGACACACCACUGCACUGAGUGCAAGAAGAACUUCAUCAGCCAGCAAGACCUGUCCCAGCACCAGUGUGUGCAGAUGGGGGAGCAGCCACACCGCUGCACCAAGCGUGUGAAGAGGUUCAGGCAUUCCUCCAACCUCGUCAGGCACUCGUGCAUGCACACAAGGGAGAGGUCACAUCAGUGCUCAGAGUGUAGGAAAAGCUUCACUCAUUUUACCAGGUUGGCUCAGCACCAGCGUAUUCACACAGGGGAGAAGCCACAUCGGUGCUUAGAGUGUAGGAAGAGCUUCACCCUGUCCUCCGACCUGGCCAAACACCGACUCAUUCACAUGGUGGAAAAGCCACAUCAGUGCUUGGAGUGUGGGAAGAGCUUUAUUUACUCCUCCAGGCUGGCUGAGCACCAGCGUAUUCACACAAAGGAGAAGCCGUAUCGCUGUGCAGAGUGUGGGAAGAGCUUUGCUUAUUCCUCCGGGCUGGCUCAGCACAAGCAUAUCCACAAAGGGGUGAAGCCACAUCAGUGCUCGGAGUGUGAGAAGAGCUUCGCUUACUCCUCCAGACUGGCUGAGCAUCAGCGCAUCCACACAGGGGAGAAGCCAUAUCAAUGCUCAGAGUGUGGGAAGAGCUUCACUCGGUCCUCCAGGCUGGCCUGGCACCAGCGCAUCCACAGAGGGGAAAAGCCACAUCGAUGUUUGGAGUGUGGAAAGAGCUUCACUUACUCCUCCAGACUGGCUGAGCAUCAGCGUACCCACACAGGGGAGAAGCCACAUCAGUGCUCUGAGUGUGGGAAGAGCUUUACCUGCUCCUCCACGUUGGUGCAGCACCAGCUAAUUCACACAGGGGAGAAGCCACAUCGAUGCUUGGAGUGUGGGAAAAACUUCACCUGGUCCUCCAGCCUGGCCCGGCACCAACUCAUCCACACAGAAAAGAAGCCACAUCAGUGCUCCGAGUGUGGGAAGAGCUUUACUGUCUCCUCCAGCCUGGCUCAGCACCAACGUAUCCACACAGGGGAGAAGCCACAUCGAUGCUUGCAGUGUGGGAAGAGCUUCAACCAGUCCUCCGACCUGGCCAAACAUCGACUCAUCCACAUGGUGGAAAAACCACAUCAAUGCUUGGAGUGUGGGAAGAGCUUCACUCAGUCCUACAGGCUGGCUGAGCACCAACGUAUCCACACAGGGGAGAAACCGUAUCAGUGCUCGGAGUGUGGGAAGAGCUUCACCCGAUCCUCCAGCCUGGCUCAGCACCAGCGUAUCCACACAGGGGUGAAGCCACACCCAUGCUCAAAGUGUGGGAAGAGCUUCAUUCACUCCUCCAGCCUGGCUCAGCACCAGCGUAUCCACACAGGAGAAAAGCUACAUGGAUGCUCAGAGUGUGGGAAAAGCUUCACCUGCGUCUCCAGCUUGACCCAGCACCAGCUCAUCCACACAGGGAAGAAGCCACAUCAGUGCUCGGAGUGUGGGAAGAGCUUCACUCAUUCCUCCCACCUGGCUCAGCACCAGCGCAUCCACACAGGGGAGAAGCCACAUCAGUGCUCAGAGUGCGGGAAGAGUUUCGCUCGUUCCUCCCACCUGGCUCAGCACCAGCGCAUCCACACAGGGGAGAAGCCACAUCAGUGCUCGGAGUGCGGGAAGAGCUUCGCUCAUUCCUCCAGCCUGGCUCAGCACCAUCGUAUCCACACAGGGGAGAAGCCAUAUCAGUGCUCAGUGUGUGGGAACAGCUUCACUCGAUCCUCCAGCCUGGCUCAGCACCAGCGCAUCCACACAGGGGAGAAGCCUUAUCAGUGCUCAGAGUGUGGGAAGAGCUUCACCUGCUUCUCCAGCUUGACCCAGCACCAGCUGAUCCACACAGGGGAGAAGCCAUAUCAGUGCUCGGAGUGUGGGAAGAGCUUCACUCAUUCCUCCCACCUGGCUCAGCACCAGCGUAUCCACACAGGGGAGAAGCCACAUCAGUGCUCAGAGUGCGGAAAGAGCUUCACUCAUUCCUCCAGCCUGGCUCGGCACCAGCGUAUCCACACAGGGGAGAAGCCAUAUCAGUGCUCUGUGUGUGGGAAGAGCUUCACCCGAUCCUCGCACCUGACCCAGCACCAGCGCAUCCACACAGGGGAGAAGCCACAUCAGUGCUCAGGGUGUGGGAAGUGCUUCCUCCACUCCUCCAAACUGGCCUUGCACCAGCACUGCUGCAUGCAUGCGAGGGAGAAGCCACAUCAGUGCUCAGAGUGUGGGAAGAGCUACACCCAGUCCGCCAACCUGGCUCAGCACCAGCGUAUCCACACAGGGGAGAAACUACAUCAGUGCUUGGAGUGUGGGAAGAGCUUCACUCACUUCUCCCACCUGGCUCGGCAUCAGCGUAUCCACACAGGGGAGAAACCACAUCAGUGCUUAGAUUGUGGCAAGAGCUUCACUCAGUCCUCCAGCCUGGCUCAGCAUCAGCAAAUCCACACAGGGGAGAAGCCGUAUCUGUGCUCAGACUGUGGGAAGAGCUUCACCAGAUCCUCCGGCCUGGCUCAGCAUCAGCGAAUCCACACAGGGGAGAAGCCGUAUCUGUGCUCAGACUGUGGGAAGAGCUUCACCCGAUCCUCUGGCCUGGCUCAGCACCAGCGUAUCCACACAGGGGAGAAGCCACAUCAGUGCUCAUAGUGUGGGAAGAGCUUCACUCAUUCCUCCAGCCUGGCUCAGCACCAGCGCAUCCACACAAAGGAGGAGCCACAUCAGUGCUUGGAGUGUGGGAAGAGCUUCGCACACUCCUCCAGCUUGGCUCACCACCAGUGUAUCCACACAAGGGACAAGCUACAUCAAUGCUCAGAGUGUGGGAAGAUCUUCACUCGAUCCUGCUACUUGGCUCAGCAACAGCUGAUCCACACAGGGGAGAAGCCACAUCAGUGCUCAGAGUGCGGCAAGAGCUUCACUCAUUCCUCCAGGCUGGCUCAGCACAAGCGUACCCACACAGGGGAUAAGCCACAUCUGUGCUCAGAGUGUGGGAAGAGCUUCACUUACUCAUCUGGCCUGGCUUGGCACCAGCGUAUCCACACAGGGGAGAAGCCACAUCAGUGCUCGGAGUGCGGCAAGAGCUUCACUCAUUCCUCCAGUCUGGCUCGGCCCCAGCAUAUCCACACGGGACAAGCUACAUCUAUGCUCAGAGUGUGGGAAGACCUUCACCUGCUUCUCCAGCUUGACCCAGCACCAGCUCAUCCACACCGAGCAGAAGCCACAUCUGUGCUCAGAGUGUGGGAAGAGCUUCACUCAUUCCUCCAGCCUGGCUUGGCACCGGCGUAUCCACACAGGGCAGAAGCCACAUCAGUGCCUGGAGUGUGGGAAGAGCUUCAUCUGAUCCUCCCACCUGACCCAGCACCAGCUCAUUCACAGAGACAAGAAACCACAUCCGUGGUCGGAGUGGUAGGAAAUGCUUCCUCUGCUCCUCCAAACUGGCCUUGCACCAGUGCAUCCCUAUCUGUGUGCGUCCAUAAUUCUGCCAGCAAGAAGGGUUUGGGGAUGUAUACCUGCGCAGCACUCACCUGUGUCUACAUACAGGGAAGCAUUCUCACGUUGGUGCAGCGCAGCAACAAUUGACCUUUCAUUCAGCUUUUCUAGGGCAAUGCAGAACCCAAACAACAGAGAGGCUGACCUCCCAGGUUUGCUGAGGGGCAGCGGUUAAAUGGAAACACCACAGGCAGAGGGCAGCCCUGAUGGUCGGGGAACCUGUGAAGAGAUGAUCUUCACAUCAGCCUUGGAGCCUGUGGCAUCCCCAUCUUACUCUAAAAGCAGCCAGUGCUCCCAGGGGGAGAAGAAUUACCUUCACAAUAGGAUGCUGUGUGGGCCCGGAGCAGUCCGAGGCCUUCGGGGGCGCGCGGUAGGCUGUUGCCAGCAGCCCUGACACAUGGGUUGGGGAAAGCAGGCACAACGAACUAGAAUUAGGCACAGACGCGUAGCAGUUGAUUAAAGAUUAUUUUACUUA